AUGAUCCUUGCCAUGUUGGAGCUGAUGCAGAAGACGGACGUUCCUUGGCUACCAGUGGUCACUGCCAUGUUGCGGUGCUUGGAGCUGGCCGCAGAGGUCUCUGGAACCGCGGCGGUGGUGCUCUUCCGAGACUUCAAUGGGCUCCAGAUUUAUGGCUCGGUUUUCGACCCUAGAAGCAUGGGCUGUGGUGCCAGUGCCAAAGUGGCGGACUGCACUGCCAACUCGACAUCAGCAGAAGCGACAGUUCCUGUAAGCUCGUGGUUCUUUAGCGCUCGUGACAUUGUCCAAAUCUUCUACACGAAGCAAGUUUCUGCAGACUUUGAUUCCAUUGUCACCAAGACAGAAUUCAGGAAGUCCAGCAAUUGCAGAGAGUUCGCAAAGUCCAGGGAGAUCAGAGAAACCAGCGACAUGGAGUUGGACUCGGAGCAAGCUGUCACCGAUCACGAGUCGUUGAUGGAGCUUAUCCAAAAUGUUGAGGAUGCCGAAGAAGCUUGUUGCAUAGCUGUGGCAGAGGUGAAGGCGAAGGAGGUCAAGUGGCAGCAGCGCUACACUUCGAUGACAAUCUUAGAGCCAGUGCUCGAGCUGGACAAGUCAGAGUGA